UCUUCAUUUCAUUUUAUUUUAGAUAGAAAAAAUAAAAAAUGGGAAGCAGUGCAAUUAUCCCUCAUUUACAGUUCCACGGUUGCUUCUGUAAGCAGCAGCUCAGUUUUAUCAGAAACCAUCAGCAACAGCAGAAGCUUUCUUAUUUUCAAAUUUCAUCUUCAAGUAGGAGAGGGAGAUUGAAAUUAUCGGAUGUGUCGCGGAACACCAGACGGGUCGAUAGACUGCUUUGUUCGGCCGCUGUUGAUGAUGAUGUUAGCGAGAAACAGCAGCAAGACUCUCCGACUACGACUAGUAGGAGUAGCUCAGCUCUCCAGGAUAGGCCUGGUUCACAAGGAAAUGUUGGUGAAGAUGCAGAAGGAAGUUCUCUUUAUAAUUUCCUGUAUCCUAGUAAAGAGCUUCUUCCAGAUGAUGAGGAAAUGAGUAUAUUUGAUCAUCUUGAAGAGCUGCGCCAGAGAAUAUUUGUGUCAGUUUUGGCUGUUGGAGCUUCUAUCAUGGGAUGUUUUGCAUUUUCUAAGGAACUCAUUAUGGUUCUUGAAGCUCCUGUUAAAGCACAGGGUGUGCGAUUUCUGCAACUAGCUCCUGGAGAGUUUUUCUUUACAACUGUCAAGGUAUCAGGAUACUGUGGCCUUCUUUUGGGGAGCCCAAUCAUUCUUUACGAAAUUAUAGCGUUUGUUCUUCCAGGUUUAACUAGAGCAGAAAGAAGGUUCUUGGGGCCUAUUGUUUUAGGCUCCUCGAUACUUUUCUAUGCAGGAAUCAGCUUCUCCUAUUUGGUUCUGAUCCCAGCAGCGUUAAACUUUUUUGUUAGUUAUGCAGAAGGGGUUGUGGAAUCUCUAUGGUCCAUUGACCAAUACUUUGAGUUUGUGCUUGUGCUCAUGUUCAGCACAGGCCUCUCUUUUCAGGUUCCUGUUAUACAAGUUCUACUUGGACAAGUUGGUUUAGUGACAGGAGAUCAAAUGCUGUCAAUUUGGAGAUAUGUGGUUGUUGGGGCAGUUGUUGCAGCUGCUGUACUUACACCAUCAACCGACCCUCUUACUCAGGUGCUUCUUGCUGCACCCCUUCUUGGUCUGUAUUUGGGCGGUGCAUGGGUCGUCAAGCUUACAGGACGAUGAACAUUUUGUCAUGCCUAGAUUUGUAUAAUUGUCUAAAGAAUGUAAAAUAUUAGUUGUUUGAUAUCAAAGGAAAAGGCGAUCAACUACGAUAUGUUUGAUUUGUAGUAUCAAUAGUAUCAAUAGAAUGUAAUUCUCUUU